AUGACGAGGGAGAAUGUGGACAAAGGUCUAGCCUUGGUUACUAGAAGUGGAAAAGUAGUUGUAGCUGAUGUGACGGGAAAUAGAGAAGCUCAAGUGCAUGAAGAAGAGAAAUGUCUGAAAGAAGAAGAAAUACCCAUCCCUCAAAGUAUUGUCAAAGGGUCACAAAAAGAUAUUGAAAAACAAAGUCCAAUUCCAAAACCUAGACAACCUCUGCCCAAAAUAUCCCCUCCAUUUCCCCAGUGCCUCAAGAAGAAUAACGGGGAUAAGAAGUUCAAAAUGUUUCUGUCGGUGUUCAAGACAUUAUCGAUUAAUCUCCCUCUAGUGGAGGCAUUAUUGGAAAUCUCAGGUUACGCCAAGUUUAUGAACGAAUUGGUCACAAGAAAAGGAAGUUUGGACUUUGACGCCAUUAAAGUUUCUCAUAGUUGUAGCGAAAUUAUCACUAAUGAGAUGAUCAAAAAGAAAGAGGACCCUAGAACUCUCACCAUUCCUUGCACCAUUGGCAUGCUCCAAUUUUCAAAGGCCCUAUGUGAUUUAGGAGCAAGCAUCAACUUAAUGUCGUACGCAAUCUACGAACAACUAGGGUUGGGUAAACCCAAAGCCAUGAUUAUGAGACUUUUAAUGGCUGAUAGAUCAAUUAAACACCAUGUGGGGAUACUAUAUGACAUCUUGGUAAAGGUUGACCGAUUUAUUUUCCCUGCUAAUUUUGUCAUCCUCGAUUGUGAAAUUGAUGCUUACAUUCCCAUUAUUCUUGGAAGACCAUUCUUGGCAACCAGGAGAGCAUUAGUGGAUGUUGAAAGUGGGGAAUUAAAGUUUCGGGUAAACGAGGAUGUACUGACCUUUAAUGUAUGUAAGUCAAUGAAGAAACCAAGCGAUAUUCAUGUGGUCUCUACUAGUGAUGUUAUUGAUGAGGCGGUGGCUAGUGUUAGCCAUUUGAUGUGUAUAAGUGAACAGCUUGAAGCCGUACUUGCCAACUAUGACGAGUUCGAAGUCCAAGGAUAUGAAGAGGUAGUAGCUGCUCUUUUAGGUUUGGGGGUAUAUUCAAAGACCCCAUUGAAGCUAGACAUUGAUUUGAAAAAUGGGGAAAACUAUCCCGCAAAACCAUCAACGGAAAAGCCACCAAAACAUGAGCUUCCUCCCCAUCUCUGA